AUGGCUGCCAGCAACGAGAACAACCCCAAUUUUGAGUCGCCUGAUCUCGAACGGUCGUCUUCAAGAGCCGCCGAAGAGCAGUUUGUGUUGGUGUACUUGUACCCGGUCGACGUGGAGGCGUACGCGUCGCGGAUGCUGAAGCGCUUCAAGCACGAGAAGGAGAAUGGCAUCCGUAGUCUGUCAAUUUGGCCAGAGGUGACUCCGCAGGUUGAAGAGGCUGCGUACGAUUCCAUCGAGCUGAAUCAAUUUAUGCAACGAAUGGCUCGUCAAUCGAUGACCAGGUCAGCUCAGCGUUACGGCUAUUUCGAAGAAAAUGGACUAGACAUGGUUCGGGUAGAUGUAUAA